UCCAUAUCGGAAAGAAACCAUGGCGUCGUUGAAGAGGUCAUCGAGGCCCGACCUCAAGUACUUGAUGAUGUUGACAAGUUGCANAAAGUGCAUCAAUACGACCCAAAUCUUCUAGAAAAGGACGCACAGAUCUUAGACGAGGCUGUCAAGACCGGCAAUGUCGAAAAGGCUCUGGAGAUCGACGAGUCUUUCACCAAAGAGUCACCAUACGAGACAGUGCGUGCCGCCGUGCGAGAGACAGAUGGGGAAGAAACUGCCAAUACAGUACGAGCAUGGCUUUUGGGUUUUAUCUUCGUUACUCUCUCAAGUGGAAUUAACAUGUUCCUGAGCAUGCGCAGUCCAGCAAUCACCAUUCCCACUGUUGUCAUUCUGCUGGUCCUUCUGUUUACUCUCAGCUCUCAAGUCAUUGGUAUCGCUUUCGCUGGUGUCUUCAGACGUUUUCUUAUUUGGCCUGCUGCUCUCAUAUGGCCCGCCAACUUCUCUAUGACAACUCUUUUAUAUGCUCUUCAUGACAAGAGCAGGCCUGAUCCUGCCAAAACCAAUGGUUGGCGAAUUUCUCAAUAUCGCUUCUUUGUCUACGUUGCUCUAGGCUCUUUUGCGUACUACUGGUUGCCUGGGGUCAUCUGGCAGGGUUUGUCGGUUUUCUCGUUUGUCACCUGGAUUCGACCAAACAACGCUACCAUCAACCAACUAUUUGGAGGGUUCACUGGACUUUCACUAAUACCACUAACAUUUGACUGGACAUAUAUAACAGCAUAUCUCAAUGAUCCACUGCUCAGCCCGACAUUCUCGCAUCUCAACACCAUCAUUGGGCUUGGUGUAUUCAUGAUCAUCACAACAUUAGGUAUCUCAUAUACUGGUGCGCUUUACUCCGACUACCUCCCAAUCAAUACGUCCACCACUUUUGAUAACACGCAGGCCAAGUACAAUGUCACAAGAAUCCUCGGUCCUAGCUACACUUUCGACCUGGAGAAGUAUCAAAAGUAUUCACCAAUGUUUCUUGCACCCACGUUUGCUCUAAAAUAUGGUUUGAGUUUUGCCGCUCUGAUGGCUGCAAUAGUACAUACCAUUGUCUACCACCGUAGUGAGCUCUGGACCCGACUACGUCUUGCUAGACAACAAGAGCCUCAAGAUGUCCAUAUGCGGCACAUGGCCAAGUACAGGGAGGCGCCAGAUUGGUGGUACGGCCUGCUGUUCCUCAUAGCGACGGCUUUUGGACUCGCUACCGUACUAGGCUACUCUUCACAAUGCCCCUGGUGGGCGUACUUCGUGUCACUAAUCAUUGCGCUCGUCUUCAUCGUUCCAUGUUGCAUGAUCCUCGGCAUCACCAAUAUCCAGCUGUCACUCAACGUCAUCUCGCCAUAUCUUGCUGGUUUCAUGAUACCAGGACGCCCAAUUGGAGUCAUGAUCUUCAAGGUAUACAGCACGAUCGUACUAGGACAAGCACAAACCUUUAGUCAAGACCUCAAGUUGGCGCAUUACAUGAAGAUACCUCCUCGUAUCACCUUCUGGUCGCAGGUCGUUAUGUCCUUGUGGGCUUCCAUUGUUCAAGUGGCAGUGAUGAACUGGACCUUGAGUAAUAUUGACAAUGCCUGUGCUGUGGACCAAGCUUCCCACUUUACAUGCCCGAAUGGCCGCACUUUCUUNUCGUCAAGUAUCACUUGGGGAGUCAUCGGACCUCAGCGUAUGUUUGGAUCUGGUUCCAUCUACGCCGCAUUCAAUUGGUUCUGGCUGCUUGGUGCAUUGCUGCCAAUCGCCUUUUACAUCUUGACCAGAGUGUUUCCACACAAGCGAUUACGCUUCCUGCACGCUCCUGUUAUGCUCGGAGCUAUGUCCUGGCUUCCACCUGCAACUCCACUCUCCUUCACGUCUUGGGCAUUGGUGGGUCUAACCUUCAACUGGUGGAUUCGUAGACGAUGGAAUGGGUGGUGGAGCCAUUACAACUACAUCACAGCUGCUGCAUUGGAUUCUGGACUCAUCAUCUCCACACUGAUAAUCUUCUUCGCCAUCACACUGCCAGAAGUUGAAGUGCCGAAUUGGUGGGGCAACGUGGGUGUGUUUGAAACUAUGGAUGCUUUGGGUACCGCGAUAAGGAAGACUGUUGCUGAUGGCGAGACUUUUGGGCCAAAGGUAUGG